GUUUCGUGGACCGCUAGAACUAGAUCAGACGAAACUUGUAAACAAGAAGUUUGAUUAUUUUGUAUUUUGUGCAUAAAAUAUGCAAUCAAACAGUGAGACAAGUGAUUUUGCCGGAGUAGAUUUUGCUGGAAUUAGAGCCCUUGAUCCUGGGGGGCUGUACCAGGUGAUAAAUAUCCGGAAUCAAGAAUUUAUUGACCAUACUUUUCUUGGGCAUGUGGAAAUCCAGGAGACUUCCCUCGAUGUGUGCCCACCGGGUGGAGUGAGAGUUCCGCAUUUGGGAACAAAUCUCCUGCAUCAGUCGAAUGUAAUUGUGGAUCCGGGGAAGAUUACAACGUACGUCCAGAAUUUGUCAGUGAAGCCUAAUCUGGAGAAUGGGACGAAUGUUAUUGUGGAUCAGAGGAAGGAUAAGCAAUUGGCCACAUUGACACCCAUUGGGAGUAGCUGGGUUGGAGAGACCAGGAGCUCCGGGAAGAUUAUUCAGGCAACAAAUCCGGGGCAGUAUAGUUUGGUUGAAUGCCCAGAUUUGUCUCCAAUAGUGAUGGUUCCAGGAGAAAAGUCAAAAAGCAUCAUUCAGGAUCCCUCGGAGGGGAAAGGAAUUCCGGAAACUUGUGCAGCUGAGGGAGGAAAGGCAAAAAAUGAGCUUCCACACAAGAAAAGGCUUCCAAGGAAGAAGGAAAAUAUGAAAAAUUCAAAGAAAUCCAAUCCUCCGACAUCUGAUCUUGCCCAGGAUGUGAUUGAGUCUAAUCCUGGUGGGAUAGUCUUCACGUGUCAGCUCUGUGGUGCCAAGUUUGGGGAACAAUUUAAAUUCUACACGCAUCUCAAGAUUCACUACGAAGAAAAGCCAAAAUUUAGACAUAUAGCUAUCCAGGCUGGAGAAGAUCUUCCCACAACUGAAGGGAAUGACUUGAAAAUUAAAGAGCCAGAAGUAAUUUCAAGAAUUCAAAAAGUGGAGAAAGAAUCAGCUCUUGCAGCAGUGGAAAAGGAGGAAUUUAGUGAGUCAGAGGAUAUGCUUGAGGGUAUCCGGAAUGUUGUGGAUAAAGUGCAAGAGCAAUCCGGGGAGGAUGAUACACAAACAGAUCACGGAUUGGAUAUCUAUGAGAAGGAAUGGUACUCCCAGGAUUCUCUAAAUGUUCCCGAUGGGCUGGAGCAUCACGAAGCCAAUUUACAGGCUGUUCCGGAUAAUUUUGUCCUCUACAUCAAUAAGACGGACCUUGAGAAAAUCAAUACGGACAAUUCGAUUUUUCCCGCACAAAUCAGUGAUGGGAUAAGCGAGAAAGCUUCAACGGAUGUUGUUCCAGCCACCAAGGAAAAUCCUGUGGAGGAAUCGAAGAGAAAACCAGAAGAAGAGGAAGAAGGAGUUCAUAAAACCCGAAGUGGGCGGAAGACAAGACAAACCACGGCUAAAAUACUCCAGGAGACACAAAUGAGGAUAAAUCUGGGAAAGAGGAAGAAGAUAAAGGUACCGAAGGCCGUGAAGGAGGUGAAGACAAUCGUGGGGAAGGAGGGGAAGAAGCGGACACACAAGAAAAUGUCCAAAUGCGAAGUUUGCGGGAAGGAAUUGAACUCCCGGAAUGCCCUAAAGUAUCAUCUGCUGUCGCACACAGGACAACGCCCGCAUCAGUGUGAAGUGUGCGGGAAGGCAUUCUACUCCAGUAGUGCCCUCAAGGUGCACAAGAGGCUCCACUCGGGCGCACGACCCUACGCAUGCAAGCACUGCAGCCAUAAAUUCCGCCAAUGGGGCGAUCUGAAGUAUCACAUCGCCUCGAAGCAUUCAGACGAGAAGAAUCAUCAAUGUGAGUUCUGUGGGAAGGACUUUGCACGCAGGUACUCCCUCGUAAUUCACCGGCGUAUCCACACGGGUGAGAAGAACUAUGCCUGUGACUACUGCUCAAAGACCUUCCGCGCGAGUUCCUACCUGCAGAACCACAGACGCAUCCACACAGGUGAGAAGCCACAUCCCUGCACGGUUUGCAGCAAAAAGUUCCGCGUGAAGGGUGACAUGAAGCGUCACAUGAAGAUUCAUUGCCCCAAAAAUGAUCCCAGCAAAGAAAAAGUUCUCAAGAAGAAGCGGAAGAAGAAGGAAUCUGAAAGUGCAGAGCAUCAGGACACAGCCAAUCCGCAACAGCAGCAGCAAGUUCUCAAUAGCAUAAUCAAAGUAGAAAUGAGCAGCAAUGUCGUUUCGUAUGAGGUGCGCAACACCGAGAAUCCUCCUCCAGUUCAGGAAGAUUGCAAAGAUCAAACGUCCAGCCAGACGUAUGCGAGUGUUUGGCCAGUCAGCUCAUUCACAACGUGAAGGAAGCUCUCGAGUCUCGAUUUGUGAAAUUUUGUGAUAUUUUAAUUUAAUAAGUCAUCUUUCCCCAUUAAUUGAAUCUUCAGGAAAAUCAUUGCUCAUCUGAGAAUUUCAUGCAGGUAUGUAACAUAUUUUGGGGAAAAUUGGGUACAAAGAAUCUCACUGAUUCUCAAAGAAAUUAAAAGAAAAUGAAUUCUUUGAGAAAAUUUCUUUUCUUUUGAUUUUUUCUGUUGAAUUUUCAUGACAAAUGAGAUUUUUUGAGCAUCUAACCCCAGUCUACCUUAAUUAAAUAAUAGAAGUGAUGAAAAAACUAUUUAAAUAAUUUUCAAAAUUAAAUGCAAAUUCGGAGAGAAUUAGAAAAGAAAUUUAAGCUUUAAGAGGACCAAGAAUUUGGACAAUAGAAAUUAAAUAAAAAUCGUUAAAAUUAAUUAGAAUUAAAAUUUUAAUGAAUUUAUAUUAAUUUUAGGAUUAUUUUGAACAUUUUGAAGUUGAUUAAUAUUAAUUUAGUAAAGGAGGAAUGCGUGACCAUUUUUGUAAUAAUUGUGAUAUAAGAACAAAAAUUUGUUUGAUUUACUUAAGUUUAAAGAAAAAUGAUUGAAUUAAUUUUUUGAUCAGGAAAAAGAUUUAAAAAAAAACACUUUUGGUAUAAAAUAUUUCAAAGCAUUUCAAGCAAAUAUUUAAAAAAAAAGAAAAUUGAUUUUGUUUAGGAAAAUCGUUAAAUUGAGGCAUAAAAAGUAAUUUUAUAAAAAU